AAAUUCUGGUAAUGCCUAAAGGCCCAAGAUUAAAACGCACCGUCUUGUAAUGCACUUAAAGCAUAGCAUAAAACCUCGGAAAGAUCAAAAGCUUCGCCGAGGAAAACAGAGAGGUCUCCAGCUGCGAAAGUGUCCGUUUAGAGAAGAAGUAAAAUAGGACAACGAAGAAGAUAUAAUGACGACGAAACACAGUGCAGUUCCGACCACAUACUCUCCGUCCCCGACCUCUAGAUCAAAACCGUCAGUCUCCAAAGACUCCAUUGUCGAUUGGGUCCGACCCGACGGUCGCGGCUACCGUCAGUGCCGGCCCGCAUUUUUUAGGACUGGUGCUGUGAAUGCUGCUUCAGGAUCUGCAUAUGCAGAGUUUGGAAAUACCAAGGUCAUUGUGUCUGUAUUUGGGCCAAGGGAAAGUAAGAAAGCAAUGAUGUACAGCGACGUAGGGCGGCUAAAUUGUAAUGUUGGCUUUACAACUUUUGCUACACCGAUUCGUGGGCAGGGGUCAGACCAUAAAGAGUUUUCCUCCUUGCUACAUAAAGCUUUGGAGGGUGCAAUAAUACUGGAGACUUUUCCCAAGACAACUGUAGACGUUUUUGCAUUGGUGUUGGAAUCUGGUGGCAGUGAUCUUCCUGUCAUAAUAUCUUGUGCUAGUGUUGCCCUAGCAGAUGCAGGGAUUAUGAUGUACGAUCUUGUUGCUGCAGUUUCUAUGUCUUGUCUUGGUAAGAAUCUUGUCAUUGAUCCAAUUACGGAAGAGGAAAGCUACCAGGACGGGAGCCUCAUGAUUACUUGCAUGCCUUCGCGUUAUGAGGUUACUCAGCUUACUGUUAUAGGCGAAUGGUCAACCCCUGAAAUAAACGAGGCUAUGGAGCUUUGUCUUGAUGCUUGCUCAAAGCUUGCAGAGAUCAUGAGAUCAUCUCUGAAAGAGGUUGUUUCUGGUUCACAAGAAUAGGGAACAAAAUACUGCAAAAUUUUGCUACUAUAAUGCUGUCACAGUGUUUGAAAUUGAUUUUUCUUUUCUUUUUCUUGGCCAUUGAAAGAAAUCUAUAUAUAUUUAGUAACAAUUCUUCAAAUGUAUUUCGAAGUGGUUGAAUGUUUGAAUGUAUAAUUUUUGGAGUGAAAAAAAAAAUCCCUCAUCAAAUUAA